GGUGCCAUGGCUGCCGCUGUGCAGGAGUGCCUGGAGCUCCAGCUGCUGGAGCUGGAAAUGCUCCUUUCCAUGUUCCCCAAAAAAGGGGAGAUCAGCCUGGACGGGGCUGCCGUGCCCGCCCUGCAGCGCUACCUGAGGGACGGCGGCGGAUCCCUGCCCCCGCGGCUCGAGUACUCGGUCGCCGUCGGUGUCGGGGAGCCGGAGGUAAAAGUGGAAUUGCAGGUACAGUUGCCUCAUAUGUAUCCCCAUGUGGCUCCUCAGCUUUUUGCAAGAUCAGAUGCCCUGCACAGACAGCAACAGUUGCAGCUCAACACUCUUCUCACUUCUCACAUCAGCUCUUUGGAUUCAGGUGAACUGUGCGUAUGUGAAGCUGUGCAGUGGCUGAAAGAGAACAGCCUGCCUUAUUUAGAAAAUAGCAAGGUCUCUGCUGAAAGUGUUUCAAAGGAAACAGUAGUUAAAGAAACAAUUCAACGUAUGUGGAUCUACAGCCAUCAUAUAUACAGGCAGGAAUUGAGGAAGAAGAUCUUUGAGUGUGCAAAGAAAUUAAACCUGACUGGCUUCUGCUUGACAGGAAAACCUGGGGUGAUCUGUGUGGAGGGAAUCAGAGAAAACUGUGAGGAGUUCUGGCGUGUUAUCAGAUAUCCCAACUGGAAGCAUAUUUCAUGCAAACAUGUGGAGACUGUAGAAGCAGAGGGAAGUAUUGAUAAUCUGCGCCUCUUUCAGACUUUUGAAGACUUGCAGUUUCAGGCCCAUGGUGAUUAUGGCCUGAGGAACGACUAUCACAUGGACCUGGGCCAGUUCCUUGAAUUCCUGAAGCAGCAUCAAAGUGGACAUAUUUUUCAGAUUUUAUUUGGUGUUGAAGGCAAACUUGCAGACAAAUAAGAAAAAACAUGUAAAAGAAUGCUAACUUUGAACAGCAAGAGAUGAAGCUGACAUUAAUAUUUGUCCUUAAGCUAUGGCUAUUGUGAAAAGGGAAACCCAGUGUUUAACACAGAAGGACAGUUCAAGUAGAUGUUCCUGGCUCUGUUCUGAAUUGCAGUGUAUUUUUUGAAAGAGGUGCUUCUUAUUUUCAGAGACCUUAAAAGCAGCAUUUAUCACUGAGCCACAUCUCACAGAAGUGCUUGCAAGGUGAUAAAAAUCCCACUUGGUAGUAUCCUGAAUUACACUGGUCUGCAAUCAUCCAUACUGUGCUGUGUUACCAAGCUGAGGCACAGAGCUUUAGUUAACUUCUUCAUUUAGUUGUGGGUCACCAAGGUGGCUGCAGUCAGAGAUUAAUACAAUUUCCAAUAUAAAAGUACACCCCACCAAAGGGAGUCAAGAUUUGCUGCAUUCACUAUCUUUUAUUGCUGUGUGAAACAUCUGCUCUCACUUAAUUCAGCUGAUCCAAGAAAAGCAAAGACUCUUGUGCCCAACCACAGCACCAAGUUUUGCAUUUAAAACAGAGGAAUGGUGGGGUGGGAGGAGGGAAGUAAGCCUACAUCACCCUAUCACUGUAAAGACAUACUACCCAAAGCUUCCACCCUAUCAUUUGGAAGCUUUGGGUGGUAUGUCUUUACAGUGAUAGUGUUACUGCCCACAUUUCCAAUAGCUUCUUCUUCUCAUCUCAUUAGGGUCCGUUUACAUUAAU